AGCUCCAUUCUUUUUUGGCUCCCCAUAAACCCUAUACCCUAAACCCCCCAAAAAAAACUAGCCAAAAUUCAAAAAGGGUUUGAUAAAUUCGAUCAAAUAUGCAGCACGACGAAGUCAUAUGGCAGGUGAUCAGGCACAAACACUGCAGCUUCAUGUCCAAAAUUGAAACUGGGAUAUUCUGUAGAAACCCAUAUAACGUUACUGGGAUUUGUAACCGAAGCUCCUGCCCUCUCGCUAAUAGUCGCUAUGCUACAAUUCGUGACCAUGAUGGAGUGUUUUAUCUUUAUAUGAAAACUAUAGAAAGAGCCCAUAUGCCGAACAAAUUGUGGGAAAGAGUUAAGUUGCCAGUUAAUUAUGAGAAAGCACUUGGAAUCAUUGAUAAACACUUGAUGUAUUGGCCUAAGUUUCUUGUACAUAAAACAAAGCAACGGCUGACUAAAAUGACUCAGAUGCGGAUACGCAUGAGGAAGCUUGCUUUGAAAACGAGGGAGAAGAUAAUGACAAUACCAAGGAAAGAGAUAAAAAGAGAGGCCAGAAGAGAGGAAAAGGCUGAAAAAGCUGCGGUGUUGGAUAAGAGCAUCGAGAAAGAACUAUUAAGCCGCCUUAAGGAAGGAAUGUAUGGUGAUAUAUAUAACUAUCCCUUUGAUAAAUUCCAAAAACUCAUUGAAGGGGAAGAAAUGGAGGUGGAUACUGAAAGAGAACAAGAAGAUGAGGAGGAGGCUGAAAUUGAAUAUGUUGAAGGUUAUGAUGAACUUGAAGAGGAAGAUGAUAUUGAAGAUCUUGGUGGUUUUGCAAUGGACCAUUCUCAUGCAGACGAUGAUAGUGGUGGAGAUGAAGAAGCAGAAGCAGUUACUCGCAAGAGAGAGAGAAAAGAAUCUGAUUCUAGAAAGUUUGGAAAAGAUAAAGGUGUUGCCAAGUUGAAGAAGCCUAGAGUAUUGAUUGAGGUUGAAUAUGAAGAUACCCGCGAAAGACAGAAGGCAGUUUAUUAGGAGCUUCUGUAUGUCUGAUCUGUAAAAGAUAUGGUGGCAACGCUACUGUCACUUUUUUCACAAAGCUUGGCAAAGAAGGAACUUGGUGAUGGAGACCAAGUUUUGAAAAAUUUUGAUAUGUCAUUUUGAUCACUGUAGAGAGAUGAUUUGUCAUUUUUAAUUCAUGUAAUGCUCAUGUUACCAGCGUAUUGUUAUAGUUAGUUAUCGACCAAUAUAAAUUGUUUGUUGUUGAUUGAUUGUCUUGCAACUCGCUAUUGGGUUGUAUGAUUCUAGACU